GUUUACCCUGGUAAUGCUUUUAUGAUGGAGGACGUGCGGCCGCUCUGCCUGUCUGCGGGGAGCCUCGGCUGUUCUCUGCGGCCGUCCUUGCCCAGGUGCUGCAACGCAGUAAGUGUAAUUUGAAGAAGGCCAGAAGGAACCCAUGGCUUUAGCUGGCUGCCCAGAUUCCUUUUUGCACCGUCCGUACUACCAGGACCAGGCAGAGCAGACAUCUGCUCAGGGCACCGGAGACCUGGCAGCACCCAGACCCCCAGCCCAGCCUGGCCGGCUCAGGAGUCACCAAGAGGAUGAUGUAGACCUGGAGACUCUGAUGGAUGACAUGAACACAUCCCUGGAGAGCCUGUACCCAUCUUGUAGCAUGCAGUCGGACACCGUGCCCCUGUGUCAGAAUGGCCAGCACACCCGCAGCCAGCCGCCACCCUCGGGGACCAAGUCCCUCCAGCCACAGUUGUCCCCAUGGCAGAAGGUGCAGCGCUCGCAGCCCGUGCACAUCCUGGCCGUCAGGCGCCUGCAGGAGGAAGACCAACAGUUUAGAACCUCUUCUCUGCCGGCCAUCCCCAACCCCUUCCCGGAGCUCUGCGGCCCAAAGAGCCCCCCUGCCGUCCCGCCGGGCUCCUUACCUCCCAGCCAGGAUGUUGCGAAGCAGGAUGUUAAAAUCUUUGGUGAAGACGGGACGUGCAAAGUGGUGGAGAUUCUCACGGACAUGACGGCCAGGGACCUGUGCCAGUUGCUGGUGUACAAAAGCCAUUGUGUGGACGACAACAGCUGGACACUGGUCGAACACCACCCACAGCUGGGGAUAGAACGGUGCUUGGAAGAUCACGAACUGGUCGUUCGGGUGGAAAGCACCAUGGCCAGCGAGAGUAAAUUUCUGUUCAGGAAGAAUUAUGCAAAAUACGAGUUUUUCAAAAAUCCAACGACUUUCUUCCCAGAACAGAUGGUCACUUUGUGCCAGCAGUCCAACGGCAGUCAGACCCACCUUCUGCAGAUUUUUCUGAACUCCAGCAGUUGUCCUGAAGUUCAAGGGUUUUUGCAUGUGAAGGAGCUGGGGCGGAAGUCGUGGAAGAAGCUCUAUAUGUGUUUGCGAAGAUCCGGCCUGUACUGCUCCACCAAAGGAGUCUCAAAGGAGCCCAGACACCUGCAGUUCCUGGCGGACCUGGAGGACUGCAGCGUCUUCUCCCUGAUCUCGGGCAGGAAGCAGUACAGCGCCCCCACGGACUAUGGCUUCUGCAUAAAGACAAACAAGUUGAUGCACGACAGCAAGGAGCUGCGCCUGCUGUGUGCCGAGGACGAGCAAGGCCGGACCUGUUGGAUGACAGCCUUCCGCCUCCUCAAGUACGGAGUGCUCCUGUACCAAAGCUACAGGGUCCCCCAGCAGAAGAAAGCCCUUCUGUCCUUCUCCACCCCAGUGCGCAGUGUCUCUGAGAACUCCCUCGUGGCAAUGGAUUUUUCUGGGCAAACAGGAAGAGUGAUCGAGAACCCAGCGGAAGCCCAGAGCGCAGCCCUGGAGGAGGGGCACGCCUGGAGGAAGCGAAGCACACGGAUGAAUGUGCUAGGCAGCCAAAGCCCCCUCCACCCUUCUACCCUCAGUACAGUGAUCCACCGCACACAGCAGUGGUUCCAUGGCAGGAUCUCCAGGGAGGAGUCCCACAGGAUCAUCAAGCAGCAAGGGCUGGUGGAUGGGCUCUUUCUCCUCCGUGACAGCCAGAGUAAUCCAAAGGCAUUUGUACUCACAUUGUGUCAUCACCAGAAAAUUAAAAAUUUUCAGAUCUUACCUUAUGAGGAAGAUGGGCAGAUGUUCUUCAGCCUUGACGACGGGAACACCAGAUUCUCUGACCUGAUCCAGCUCGUUGACUUCUACCAGCUCAACAAGGGAGUCCUGCCUUGCAAACUCAAGCACCACUGCAUCCGCGUGGCCUUGUGACCUCAGAUUUCGUCACGACUGACGACGGGAGGAAGUUGACACUGGAACGGCUAGGAAGUGUCUGCGUUUUUGAGAAUACACAUGAUUCUGUACCUUGGGAGCGAGAUCAGUUCCUUCGGUGCCAACCAACCAAGAUUGAUUAGUUUGUUGGACUUGGCGAUGAUUUGCUGCUGCGGAUCCAAGAGGAUCCCUCUUUCUGCGCCGGCCAAAUCGGGGGUGGGGGGUGGGGCACGGAAGAGCAAGCAUAAAUUUGAGGAUAAACUGGAAUGAUCAUCUUGGCUGGGCCACGUGGGAACCGGAGCGAAGUAAUUGGAAAUGAACUCUUGCCCUGGAAUAAUCUUGACAAUUAAAACCGACAUGUUUACUUUUUUGUAUCGAUCACUUUUUGCACUCCUUGGUCUUCACGGUCGGACUCGGCCUCUGGUGGAGGGGAUGUGGCUUUUUUGGUGCCUACAAGAUGGAAAGACAGUUUUGAAUGGGCCAACGUCAGAGAUGGAGCACGGGGCCCCAUAUGAUUCCAGAGGGCGGCCCCGCCUUCGCAGGUCACCACAGGUGGAUUCAGCUUCCAAAUAAUGAACACCCUUGCCCUUCCCAGUAUACUUGAAAAGCUUUUUUAAAAAUAAAAGGUGUCACCCGUGGUCAGCAUUUGGCAUGUUUUGGGGACCAGUCAGGCAACCACGGUCUGUCAAUCACUUUUCUCUGCACAGGUGUCCAUGCUUGUGUUACUAGCAUGUCGUGUCUUCCACAGUUCAGGAGACUGGAUGACUUUGGAAAACCCACUGUUCCACACAGGGCAGGGCCAAGUGGCCGCUCUUCUAGUCGGAGGCAGGCCGGCCUUCUUGAGACACACCUGGUGCCCAGCAGUGGAUGCCAUGCCUCUCUGUCUGUCCGCCUGGGUUACUUGCAGCCUGUUCUAGAAUGAUCACUGCCUUACCCCCUGCCGUGGCAUGAGUCCUUUCAUGGCUGUCCUCCCUCGGGGAUUAAAGGAUGUAAUAAGACAAUGGCACCCCUUGGCUUCCUGCAGUGGCUGUGGGUUUCCAUGGUGAUAAAGAUGGAAACAUUGAAAGGGCACAUGAGCAGCCCAGCAUUUAGAGGUCUGUGCUUGAAGACCCCCGCCCCACUGGAGCCCCCAGAAGCCAGCGCCGUGAGGCCGCUGGGGGCUCCUCUGCUGGCUUGUACCUCACAGCAGUUUGAACGUUGAGGAGUUCUGUCAACACAGCACUGCUUCCCACUCCGGGAGCCAAGUCAGACGGUGGCUUGAGCUGUUCCUCAUCCCCACUGCCCUGUCCCCCGAGGGAAGUUAUCAGGUGUGAGCAUGGCCCUGACUUUACUUUGGUCUCCGACAAGCAUACCGACUGCUGUGGUGAAAAGUGAUUUUCAGUUCCAAAAGAACGGCUGUCCCACUUGACUGACCCCUCUGAAUGUUGUGCCACUGGCCUAUCCCCCGCUGACCCCACCAGGCUCCCCAGAAACACCCUUGCCGACCCCCAGGGCUUCCCAGAAAUACACACACACACACACACACACAGUUCAGACAGACCCAACAGGCUUCGGUAACGCAGAGCUGCUGUCAGUCAGUCUGUGGUUUAGACACACUGUAUUUUAGUUUACAGGCCACACUAGCUGUUUUCCACGAAAGGCCUGCUUAUACAAAUGAAGAAUUUUUAGCCAAACAUGUUUUUAAUCCUCAACGCUCAAUUGAACGCGUUUUCCUCCUGUCGUAGCCAGCUCAUCUUUCAGACCGUUGACGUCAAGUCUUGCCUGGCAGCGAGCGCGCUGCCCCCAAACCUCACUGAAGGGGCUGUCUCUUUAGUGACUGUUACACAGUUUUCUCGUCACUGGUGGGGUGUAAAAACCUUAAAAAGCAUACAAAACAAAACUCUAGAAUUCCCCCUCUGUUUACAUAGACCAGUAUCCACCAGUGGCAUGAGACUCUCACACCCCCUCCGAUAGACAGCUCAUGUCUGCAGUAUUUCAUAUUUAUAACUAUGCAUUUUAUUUAAAAGGAGAAUAGAAGCUUGACUCUGACUCAGUUUUGUAUGUAGCUGGUAUGACAUAGUCUUUUGGACCUUCCCGGCCACCGUGAAUUUUCGGCGCGUGCAGCCUUGGCAGCAUCCUGCCUCGCCCUGUGCUGGGUGGCCGGGAACGCCACCUAUAGCCAGCCAGUCCUUCCAGGAGGCAGGCGUCCGGCCCCGCCAGCCCCAGGGCGGAAGGACAUCUGACUUUUAUUUUUGUAUUUAAAUGACGUGAAUGUAAACGGGACAGCUCAGGGUCGUUCUGGAGCCUGUUGACUUCUUCUCUCUGCCUGUGAUUUUCGUUUCGUCAUAAAAACUCCAUGUAGCAAUCUGGACGAAGUUGAGAAGGAAACCGCCACAUGCUUCGGGCAUCUGGGUUUCCUAGACCUCUGUUACCUUACAUGUUAGAGUUCCAGGACAUUUUGUUCUUUGCUAAGCCUUGAAGAAAUACGUGCCUCGUUGUAGAAGUUUUGUCUUCUCUUUUCUGCAUUUAAUGCCUGACGGUUUGGCCCAUUGGUGCACCUUUGGGGGGUGGGACUUGCUCUCAGCAGAUUGUGACGUCACAGCACAAGCCUUGUGACCGCAGAGUGGCCUGAUAUGUAAACGUUUUCAGGGAACGCAGAAGGUGUUCACUUACGAGACAAAACCUUUGUUCCGUGCGCUUUGCUCCUCUCUGUACAUAGCUCUUCGGCUCAUGAACCUAAUUGUAAACUUUCAGGUAUUUUUGUACAAAUAAGGGACUGAUGUUCUGUUUCUUGUAAUUCGAAAUAAACAUUAAUACAGCGUUCUUCAUUUUC